AUGGCCCGCGUCGACAAGCACACGCUCGCGAACCUCGAGGCCAUCUCGGUGCUCAGCCUCGACUUGCAUCUCACGGCCGACUUUGGCCGCAGCGCGCUCGACGGCUACGUCGACAUUGAAGCCGAAGUGCUUGCGCCGACGACGUCGUUUGUCCUUGACACGCGCGCACUGUACAUCAAGAGCGCGACCAUCGACGGCACGCCCGUGCUCAAGCAGCAGAUCGACGACGAGGUCUUUGGCACGGCCUUGCAUUUGGCGCUGCCCGCAGCGGUCCAGGCUGUCGGCACCAAGUUCACGGCGCGCAUCUACUACGAGACGACGCCGGAGAGCUCGGCGAUCCAGUGGCUGCCGAAAGAGCAGACGGCCGACAAGGAGUACCCGUACCUCUUUACGCAGUGCCAGGCGAUCCACGCGCGGUCGCUCUUGCCGUGCCAGGACUGCCCGAUGGCCAAGUCGAUCUACAAGGCCACGAUCACGGUGCCGUCGUGGGCCAAGUGCUUGAUGAGCGCGGUCGCGUGCGCCGACCCCGAGACGAACGGCGAGACGACCCAAUUUUUCUACGAGCAAAACGUCGCCGUGCCGUCGUACUUGAUUGCGAUGGUGAUUGGCCACCUCGAGAGCCGCGAGGUCGGGCCGCGCAGCCGCGUGUGGAGCGAGCCGAGCAUGGUCGACGCGGUCGCGUACGAGUUUGCGCAGACCGAGGACUUUCUUCGCAACGCCGAGGAGAUCAUGGACCAAGAGUACGUCUGGGGCCGCUACGACAUGGUGUCGCUCCCGCCCUCGUUCCCGUUCGGCGGCAUGGAGAACCCGUGCUUGACGUUUGCGACGCCGACGCUCCUCGCGGGCGACCGGUCGCUCGCCGACGUCAUUGCGCACGAGAUUGCGCACUCGUGGACUGGCAACCUCAUCACGAACCACACGUGGGAGCACUUUUGGCUCAACGAAGGCUGGACCAUGUGGCUCCAGCGCAAGAUCAUGGCCAAGAUCUACACGGAUUUGCACUUUGAUUUCGAUGCGAUCAUUGGCUGGAACGCGCUCCUCGACUCGGUCGACCACUACGGCCACGACCACGAGUUUACUAAGCUCGUGCCCGUCCUCGACGGCGCCGAUCCGGACGACUCGUUCUCGAGCGUGCCGUACGAGAAGGGCUUCAACCUCCUCUACUACCUCUCCAAGCUCGUCGGCGACGCCGCCUUUGAGACGUUUGCCAAGGCGUACGUGCGCGCGUUCCGCUACAAGACGGUCACCUCCAACGAGUUUCGGGACUUUUUUGUCGCGUUCUUUGCCGAGACCAAGAGUGCCGAGCUCGCGACGAUCGACUGGGCCGCGUGGUUCUACGCGCCUGGCAUGCCGGCCCGCCCCGAUUUUGACACGACGAUUUCAACUGCGUCGGCCGAGCUCGCAGACCGCUGGCUCCAGAACGCAGGGCCGUUUGCGGCCGACGACAUUGCGCACUGGACGUCGUCGCAGAUCAUUGUGACGCUCGAGACGAUUCUGGAAAAGUGCAUUGCGCGCGGCGAGUUCCUCUCGCACGACGUGCUUGCGGACAUGGGCGCCUUGUACAACUUGGUCGAAACCAAAAACUCGGAGGUCCGGUUCCGCUACCAGACGCUCUGCGUGCGCGCCGAGUACGCCGUCAUUUUGCCCCAAGUCGAGGCGUUCCUCAAGGAGCAAGGCCGCAUGAAGUUUGUGCGCCCGCUCUACCGCGAUCUGUACAAGUCGGCGUUUGGCGCGGCCGACGCGCGCCGCAUCUUUGCCGAGUGGAAGGACAACUACCACCCGAUCGCGCGCAAGAUGGUCGCCAAGGACCUCGGCUACUAG